AUGGCACCACCAAGACAACGAUCAUCUUUGGAGGAGUCUCUCAAAACUUUCAUGCAAUCAACUAGCCAAGCCAUUCAAGAGAUAAAAGGUUCCACCCAUUUGAAUACUCAAGCUAUUUCAAAGUUGGAAAAUCAAGUUGGCCAGUUAGCAACCCAAGUUGGGGAGAGGGAAAAAGGAAAAUUUCCUAGUCAACCUAUACCUAACCCAAAGGGGCAGUAUGCAAUUAAUGGUUCUUCUAGGUCUACUCAUGCACAUGAAUCUGUUCAGUCUAUUACUACCCUUAGGUCUGGUAAGCAAGUUGAUAAUCAAGUGAAAAUGCCAGAAGUGGAGGAUGAUGAAAAUAUUGUGUUAAAGGAAAACAGAACUCAUAGUUCACAGGAUAGAAAAGAAGGGAGGUUUGUUCCUAAAGCUCCAUUUCUUCAAAGUUUAAUCAGUCCUCAGAAAAGUGCACAAUUUGGAGAUAUUUUAGAGGUUUUUAAGCAAGUGCAAAUUAAUAUUCCAUUUCUUGAUGCAAUUCAGCAAGUUCCUACUUAUGCUAAGUUUCUAAAAGAUCUUGUGACAAUGAAGAGAAAGACAAAUGUUCCUAAAAAGACAUUUUCGACAGAGAAAGUCAGUUCAAUCAUUCAGAAUAAAUAUCUAGUGAAAUGUAAGGACCCUGGAUCUCCUACAAUUUCAUGCAAGAUUGGGGAUCAUCUCAUUGAGCAAGCUUUGCUAGAUUUGGGGGCAAGUGUGAACCUUAUGCCAUAUUCAGUUUAUUUACAGCUAGGUUUGGGGGAGCUAAAUCCCACAACCAUGACACUUCAAUUAGCUGAUAGGUCUAUGAAAAUCCCUAGAGGUAUUGUUGAGGAUGUGCUAAUUAAUGUGGAUGCAUUCUACUUUCCUGUUGAUUUUGUUGUGUUAGACACUGAGCUUGCUCUGAAAGCCAGUACACAAAUCCAUGUCAUUUUCGGUCGCCCUUUCUUAGCCACAUCCAAUGCUUUGAUCAGUUGUCGGAAUGGUGUGAUGAAGAUUUCUUUUGGAAAUAUGACUGUUGAGCUUAAUAUCUUUGACAUAAGUAAGCAAGUACUAGAAAAUGGGGAUAUAUGUGAGGUUAGCAUGAUUGAGAGCCUAGUCCAUGAUACUUUCAUACAAUCAAGUUGUGAGGAUCCCCUAGAAGCUUGUUUAACCCUUUUUGGUUGCAAUUUGGAUAUUGAAAAAUCAAUUGAGGAGGUCAAUGCAUUGUUGGAUUCUGUUUCUCUCUUAAGUACUGAUAGCUGGCAACCAAAAGUGGUCCCUCUUCCACUUCCUUUAUCCCCACUCCUAUCUAUUGUAGAACCACCAAAGUUGGAUGACUUUUGGGAGCACCAAUUGGUAAGUAUACUUCAAGAGCAUAAGGAAGCUAUAGGUCGGAAAAUUGCUACUAUUAAGGGUAUUAGUCCUUCUAUGGUUAUGCAAAGAAUUCACUUGGAAGAGAUUGCUAAAGCCUUCCAAUAUGUUUUUGACCUAGCGAGAGUUGCACUGACUAAUGAGUCUUUUUGUAUUUCUUUGGAUGCUCAUGAAAGUACUUUGAACAAAGUAGAGGAAGAUAGCAUGAAAAAUUUAAGUACACCUAGCUUUACUGAUAUUUUGAACUUGAUAGUUGAUACAGGCAAAAUUACCCAAAAUGGGAGAUCAAAGGAAUUAUGA